CGCCCAACACAAAUUUUGAACUGCUAGUAAAUGCUGAAAACAAUUUAUGUAUGUACAUAUGUGGGUAGAAUCAGCGGGUAGCGCUGAUCAGGAGCGCCUAAUAUAUGACGACAAGUGUAUUUUGGAUAAUAGUGUAAAUAUUAUAUGUAGAGUGAAAGAAGCUUAUAAACCGAUACACGACACAAGCUAUUUAGAUACGCCAUCGUGCAACUGGUGUGAAUGAAUCACCUUCAAUUACCAUUAUCAAAAAUUGGAAUAUUAUCAACAGAACAUGACUAUCUCAAAACAUUUGUGCAUACUUGACUCAUGUUGGUGAAUCAAAUGCAGAUUUUCAAAGCCGUUGAAUGACAAUAAAGUUAUUGCAGCCACUGAAAUGGUACGUAUUCUUUUUCUUCAUCCCGAUUUGGGCAUUGGUGGAGCCGAACGAUUAGUUGUAGAUGCAGCUUUGGCCUUAAAGUCCCGUGGACACGAUGUUAGUUUUCUAACAAAUCACCAUGACCCAAAUCAUUGUUUUAAAGAAACUUCCGAUGGCACCUUGCGGGUAGAAGUCGUUGGCGAUUGGUUGCCACGUAAGAUAUUUGGCCGAUUCUAUGCAUUGUGUGCAUAUUUUCGCAUGAUCUAUGCAGCAUUAUACGCAUCAUUUGUGAUAUCCAGGCAUGAAAAUAUAGAUGUUUUUUUCUGCGAUCAAAUCUCUGUUGGUGUGCCUGCAUUAAAACUAGCAAAAAGACGACCAAAAAUUAUAUUCUAUUGCCAUUUUCCUGACCAAUUGUUAAGUAUUCGAGAAGGAUAUCUAAAAAGUGCUUAUCGAGCACCAAUAAACUAUUUGGAAGAAUUUACUAUUGGUAUGGCGGAUAUAACAUUAGUUAAUUCGAAAUUCACACUGCGGGUUUUUGGUGAUACCUUCCAUCGUCUAAAGGUUGUACCUGACGUGUUAUAUCCAUCUCUUAACACCGAAUAUUUUGAUACAAUGAAAAGUAAAAUUUCCAAAAAAGAAGGGAAUGAGUUCAGUGUAGUAGGCUGCGAGAAUGUACCACGUAAUGGUUUUAUUUUUCUGGAUAUUAAUCGAUAUGAACGGAAGAAGAAUCAUGCACUAGCUUUACACGCCUUUCGUUUGGUAGUCGAUGCCUUACCUGCUUCAGAUUCAAAGCGUUGUCGUUUAAUAAUAGCUGGUGGUUACGAUGAACGGGUUUCGGAAAAUUUGGAACACUAUGUGGAACUGCGUGAGCUAGUGAACAAACUAGGACUGGAGGAAAACGUAUUAUUGCUACGAUCUCCAACCGAUGAUGAAAAAUUUGUGCUGCUUGACAAGUCAAAUUGUUUGCUUUACACUCCCGAUAACGAGCAUUUCGGCAUUGUGCCAUUGGAGGGCAUGUAUAUGUCUAAGCCAGUAAUUGCAGUGAACAGUGGGGGACCAACAGAGACCAUUGUAAACAACUCUACAGGAUUAUUGUGUGAGAAACAGCCACAAAAAUUUGCCGAAGCUAUGUUGCAAUUGUACAUGGAUGAUUCAUUGCGUGAGCGUAUGGGUGUGAUGGGUCGUAAAAGAGUACAACAAAAAUUCUCGUUUGAAGCUUUCACAGAUAAACUCGAUAAUAUUGUUGAAACUAUUAUGAAACCUGCUUGGACACAUGAGAACAUCAGGAAAAAGGACACUUAAUUAGAGCUAGCUAAGAAUAUCU